AUAACUUCCAUUGUAUCACCCGAAUUUAUGUUACACAGUUCUGAGGGUAUCAGGCGGGUCGGUGUCGCGCGAGCGAUAUAGUUAGUUACGGUAAAUGUAGAAGAAAGGAAUUGCAGCGCGCGGAGUUGAUUGGCGUUGGUGCGGGAGAAAUUUUUAGUGUGACAGUGCAAAACUGAGUGCUAGAGUCAAGUGAAACAAAAGUGCUGGUGCGGGAAGGAAGAGAGACAAAAUAAACAGAGGCGCAUUCGAUGCAAAGUGGAAUUGUGUAAGAAACGUGAGUGGUCGUGAUUUACGAAGGAAACAAGCGGUGUCGUUCGGCAACAGAAGAAUUUCCUUCCACGUUGUUCUGGUGUAUUAUAAUUAAGAUUUCUUGGACGGACCGAGAUGGCAGGGACUGCACUCCUCGGCAACUUCUCUUCGGACGCUGUGACCAGACUCGCGAUAGAACGCGGCGAUCGCUGCAAGGAAGACCGCAGAGGGAUGUGGCAUUUGAUCUUCCUGUUAAUCGGCAGCGCGAUGGCCGGCGAGUCCGGACCGGAAUCGCCGCCGGAGUUCCCUGACACGACGAUCAAAAUCGAGGCGCCGCUGCCUUACGAGGAGGCAUUUCCGACUCCGCUUCCUGGUCUGCUGUAUCCCAGAGAAAGUGAAUCUCGAGAGGUGAGAUCACUCGACGGAUUGUGGGAUUUCGCCGUGUCGCCUAAAGGAGAUGCGCUAAAAGGUUACACGGAAGGAUGGUUCACCGAUGAUUUAUCAAAGGUCGGCGAGAUGAUGAAGAUGCCGGUACCCUCGUCCUACAACGACAUUACGACAUCGCGGAACCUCAGGGACCACGUCGGGGCCGUAUGGUACCAGAGGACCUUCUUCGUACCCAUCUCUUGGCGGGACCAACGCGUCUUCGUCAGAUUUGGCUCGGUCCACUAUCUCGCGCAAGUGUGGGUGAACAACGCUUUGGUGACCAAUCACGAAAUGGGCCACCUGCCCUUCGAAGCGGAGAUCUCGUCGUACGUGACCUUCGGCGGCAAGAACCGCAUUACCGUCGCCGUGGAUAACACUCUGCUGCAGACUAGCGUGCCCCAGGGCAAGAUCGUGGAGAUGGUCACCGACAACGGCACCACGCACUUGCAGACUUAUACCUUCGAUUUCUUCAACUAUGCCGGUAUACACAGACCCGUUGUGCUGUACACCACGCCGCGCGUCUACGUGGAAGACAUCACGGUGAGGACGAGCCUGAUCGGCGACAUGGGAAUUGUCAAGUACAUCAUACAGCCGGCUGGCUUGCGCGAAGGGGAAAUACCUGUCUGCAGAGUCACGUUGCACGACGCCGAGCACACCCUGGCCAUCAAGGAGCCCGUUUACGGCCUGUCUGGUACCCUGAAGGUCCCUCUCGCCAGACUCUGGUGGCCCAGAGGCAUGGACCCCAAACCGGGAUACCUGUACACUUUGGAGGUGAGACUCUCGGUGGCGAAUGUCACCAAGCCGGACAUCUAUCGAUUGCCGAUCGGCAUCAGGACACUCGCGUGGACCAAUACGAGUCUCUUGUUGAACGAUCGACCGGUGUACAUGCGUGGUUUCGGCAGACACGAGGACUCGGUUAUCAGAGGACGCGGUUUUGACCUCGUUACCGCUGUCAGAGAUCACGAGUUGCUUCAGUGGGUCGGCGCUAAUGCCUACAGGACCAGUCACUACCCUUACAGCGACGAGGUCCUCGAUAUAGCCGACAGAUUGGGCUUCCUUGUGAUCGAUGAGUGUCCUUCCGUCGAUACCGAGAACUAUUCGCCGUCGUUACUAUCGCGUCACAAGGACUCGCUGUCGGAGCUCAUCCGCAGGGACAAGAAUCGACCCUCCGUAAUCAUGUGGUCGCUGGCUAACGAACCGAGGACCCAGUUACCCCAGGCUGAGGAGUACUUCAAGCAGAUCGCACAUCACACCAAAGCAAUCGAUCCUACCAGACCGGUUACCAUUGCGCUAGCUCGAGGAGUGCUGGAGGACAGAGCUGGUCAGUUUCUCGAUGUGAUCAGCUUCAAUCGUUACAACGCUUGGUACAGCAACGCCGGUAGAAUGGACAUGAUCACUAGCAGAGUUCAAGGGGAAGCCGAGGCUUGGCACAGAAAAUAUAACAAGCCGGUACUUAUGUCCGAGUACGGAGCCGAUACUAUGCCCGGUUUACACGAGUUACCGGAAUAUGUAUGGAGCGAGGAAUACCAGAAGGAGCUAUUCUCUAGGCAUUUCGAAGCCUUUGAUCGAUUACGACACGAGGGUUUCUUUAUCGGCGAAUUCAUCUGGAACUUCGCCGAUUUUCGCACCGCACAAACGUAUACGAGAGUGGGUGGCAAUAAGAAGGGAAUCUUUACGAGAGACAGACAGCCGAAAAUGGCGGCCCAUCACGUUAGGAGGAGAUACCAUGCGCUCGCAGUCGAACUGGACGGUGCCCAGGUUCCGGAGAACGUCGAAGAUUACGUUUCAACCUAUUAUUCUCACUUAGAACUCUGACUGAAUUUAAGGAGAGACAAAAAUUAACGCUUCACACACAGAUAUUCGUCUUAAUUUUAUUUUUACAGAACUGCAUUCUAUUCGUUUUGUACAUCGAGACGUAAAGGUUGCACCGAUAACUUAAUAUAGAAUUAUUCACCUGA